UCACAGGGAAAAGAAAUUAGAAGGUUAGCCAAAACGACGACUAGUUUCUAACGAGAAAGAGAUGGAACGAAAAGGGAAAAGUCUUCACUCAAUUUGCAUAUCCAAUUCGGAAUUUUCUAACGAUCCUUCCUUUCCCAAUUUCGUGUAAUCGGAUAGAAUUUCAGACAGUUGUGACAACAAUUAUUAUAUUUGUGUGUAUAUACUUUUUUUUUUUCUUUCCCUCAAUUUAGAUAUAAAAUUAUCAUAGAUUAAUUUGUGUGGAUGACGAUGAUGAUGAUGAUCAGGAUCCAAAUUUGAAGUCGUAGAUUAUCCAUUCUACAGCGAAUCGUUUCUGGGGUGUGUUAACUACGUGGGGGCAAAUCUGGUUUGCAACCUUUUAUUAUAUUUACCCGAGGAGGAUCAGAUUGUGAUUUUGAUGGGAAUUUGAUGUGGCUGUCUGCUUGAAUAUCCUGUUUGAUCACCGGGGCUGUUUUGUUUGAUUGGCUAGAGAAUUUUGGUUUUUUGGGGUUUGUUUUUGCAAUGGGGAAGAAGUGGAGUAGCUUGACUUUUUGAGUUGGAAUUUUUACAUGAAGGGUGAUGUUUCAAUUGCGUGUGAUUGUGAAGAAAGGUUUUCAUCCAGGUGUGAGCUUUUUUUAUCUCCUUUGCAUUAGGUGGCUUUUUUCUUCCUGGUUCUUUUAAUUUGACUUGCAGUCCUUGUUUAGUAGUGAGGAGUAUUUGUGAGAGUUGAAUUGGUUGAAAGGUGGGCAAAGUUGGUUUCCUUGUAUGAAUUUUGAAUUCAAUGGCCAAGAGAGGUGGCGAUUGAUUUUUUCCCAAAUUGUGGAUUCGGUGUUGAAUUUGUUUCCUAGGCUGAAUGAUGAACCACAAACCGCCUCGACAAGGUUGGGGAUUGUUUGUGAAUAUAGAAGCAUGGAAAUUCAGAUUGUGAGGGUUUGCAUCUGAGUGGUAGCUUACAAGUAUAAUUGCUUAGGAUAGAUAUAUGGGAUUGAUUUUAUAUCUGUUGGGGUUCUAGUUCUUUAUGUUGGAUUAGUUCCCUAUUCUAAACAUGGUCUGUUAGGAGUGGCAAAUGGACAAGUCAUAAUGAACCGACAAACAAGAUUGUUUGUCAAUGGAUGCAGUGGACAAGACUUUUUCUGAGCUUGUCAGCAUCGUCAAAACGUGGAUUCCCUGGCGAUCUGAACCGGCAAAUGUGUGUAGGGAUUUUUGGAUGCCUGAUGAGAGUUGUAGAGUAUGCUACGAGUGUGAUUCACAGUUCAACUUGUUUAACCGUAAGCACCACUGUCGUUUAUGUGGACGGAUUUUCUGUAACAAGUGUACAACAAACUCUGUUCCUGCCCCAGUUUGUAUAAUAGUUGGAAAAGAUUCAUGUACAACAAACAAGAGUGCAUCAAACAAGCUUGAGUUGGAAAAGAUUCGUGUAUGUAAUUAUUGUUACAAGCAAUGGGAGCAAGGUGUAGUUGCUUUUGAUAACAGUGUUCCUGUUUCCAAUCUGGAUAAUAGUGCUUCAGCAUCAACUUCAAGCUCGAAUAGCAGUAAAACCAGUGCCACUGCAAACAGUAGUAAUAUUACUCUUUGCUCCAUGCCUUAUUCAGUUGGAUCUUAUCAACAAACGCAGCAGGGUUCUGUUCUGAACCUACAUAAAUCACCUGUGAAGGGAAAAGACACGGAUACUGAUAGGGAAGGCUUAUCGGCAUUAGGAGGGAGGAGUGAUCUUGUAGCAGAUCUGGGUGAUUCAUUACCGAAGCAAUGUGGAUUCGCAAUUAAUAGGACUGAUGACGAUGAGGAUGAGUAUGGUGUGUAUCGGUCAGAUUCGGACACUAGACAUUAUUCUCAAGUGAAUAACUACUAUGGACAGGCUGAGUUUGAUAGGAUAGGCCUCAUUGAUGGCUCAAGGAAAGUGGAUAAUGAUGUAGAAAACAUUGAUGCAAAACUCCCUUCAAACUACAGUUUUGACACUGACACACAGGGUUUGGAAGGAGCCCCAAUUAUUGCAAAAAAUGAGGAUGAACCUGAUAUCUGUGAUGAAAAUGAAGCCCCUUCCUCAUUAUAUGUCUCAGAGGACGUUGAUGUUGAACCUGUUGAUUUUGAAAAUAACGGACUUCUCUGGCUCCCUCCUGAACCAGAAGACGAAGAAGAUGAACAUGAAGCUAUUUUGUUUGAUGAUGAUGAUGAUGAUGAUGGGAAUGUCAUUGGAGAGUGGGGGUAUAUACGUAGUUCUAGCAGUUUUGGAAGUGGUGAUUAUAGACAGAGAGAUAGGUCAAAUGAGGAGCAGAAGAAGGUGAUGAAGAAUGUAGUUGACGGGCACUUUAGGGCAUUGGUAGCUCAGCUGCUGCAGGUUGAAAACCUAUCUGUUGAAGAUAAUGACGAGAACAGUUGGCUGGAGAUUGUCACAUCUCUGUCAUGGGAAGCGGCUACAAUAUUGAAACCAGAUAUGAGCAAAGGUGGAGUGAUGGACCCAGCUGGUUAUGUGAAAGUCAAAUGCAUAGCAUGUGGGAAUCGCAAUGAAAGUGUGCUGGUUAAAGGAGUUGUUUGUAAAAAAAAUGUGGCUCACCGGCGAAUGUCAUCAAAAGUGGAUAAACCUCGCCUGUUGAUCCUUGGAGGGGCUCUGGAGUAUCAGCGUGUUACGAACCUCUUUUCUAGCGUAGAUACUCUAUUGCAGCAGGAAAUGGAUCAUCUGAAGAUGGCUGUGGCAAAGAUAGCUUCACACCAGCCAAACAUGUUGUUAGUGGAGAAAUCAGUCUCACGAUAUGCACAGGAAUAUCUUCUUGCAAAAGACAUAACUCUGGUUCUCAAUGUCAAGAGACCACUUUUGGAGCGCGUAGCACGUUGCACAGGUACUCAAAUAGUGCCUUCAAUCGACCAUCUUUCAUCGCAAAAGUUGGGUUACUGUGAAUCAGUUCAUGUUGAGAAGUUUCUUGAAGACCUAAACUGUGUUGGUCAGUGUGGGAAAAAAACAGUGAAAACAUUGAUGUUUUUUGAAGGUUGCCCAAAACCAUUUGGUUUCACUAUUUUACUGAAAGGGGCUGACAAGGAUGAGUUGAAAAAGGUAAAGCACGUGGUUCAGUAUGGAGUUUUUGCAGCUUACCAUUUGGCUAUGGAGACAUCUUUUCUUGCAGAUGAGGGAGCAUCCCUGCCAGAAAUUCCAUUAAACAGUCUGGCCCUUCCAGAUCAAGCAUUAGCCAUUCAGAGGUCCAUUUCAACAGUUCCAGGUUUCGGUAUUGCUGACAAUGAAAAACCUCAAGGACAUGAACCUGACACUGGACCCAGGAGAACCAAAAGUGUCCCAAUUUCUGAACUAGCUUCUACGACCUGUCCAGGGCCUUGUGUCUCUAAUGGUGCUUCUCAACUGAUGCCACUUGGAUCAAGUCUCGACCAUUCAACUGCCUUUUUCUCCUCCAUUGUUGCUUCAGGAAAUUCAAUUGCAGAAUCACACUGUGAUAAGCUUCCUCCAUGCACUAGAAGAGACAGAAAUGAAAUGAACCUCAAACAACCUGCUGUGAAAGAAACUUCUAUGGUGGACGACACCCUGGUUAUUGUGGAUGAUCCUACUGCUGUCGACCCUGGAACUUCAAAGAAAUUAUAUCAAGGCUUGUCAACUAACACUCCACAAAAUGGUGAUAGCAAAAUCUCUACAAACCAGUUAAGUGGGUCAGGAUCUUUAUCUCCAAAAGAUGGUCCAAACCAUCCCGAGAAUCUUGAAAUCCCAAAUGAAGAGUUUAUUCUUGAAAAAGAAGAGUUUCCUCCAUCACCGUCUGACCAUCAAAGCAUUUUGGUGUCUUUGUCCUCCCGUUGUGUAUGGAAGGGAACUGUGUGUGAGAGGUCUCAUCUCUUUCGAAUUAGAUACUAUGGCAAUUUUGAUAAACCAUUGGGUCGGUAUCUGCGAGACCACUUAUUUGAUCAGAGUUAUCGAUGCCAUUCUUGUCAAAUGCCAUCAGAAGCACAUGUGCACUGCUAUACUCAUCGUCAGGGAACACUUACCAUAUCAGUCAAGAAACUACCAGAAAUUAUCCUACCCGGGGAAAGGGAUGGAAAGAUUUGGAUGUGGCACAGGUGCUUGCGGUGUCCAAGAAUCAAUGGCUUUCCUCCUGCUACACAGAGGAUAGUAAUGUCUGAUGCUGCUUGGGGUUUAUCGUUAGGGAAAUUUUUGGAGCUCAGUUUCUCAAACCAUGCUGCAGCCAGCAGGGUGGCAAGCUGUGGCCAUUCAUUACACAGAGAUUGUCUUCGUUUCUACGGAUUCGGAAAAAUGGUUGCUUGUUUUCGAUACGCAUCCAUUGAUGUUCACUCCGUCUACCUUCCCCCCCACACACUUAUAUUUGAUUAUGGGAAUCAGGAUUGGAUACAGCGAGAAUCAGAUGAGGUGGUCAACCGGGCAGAGCUUUUAUUCUCUGAGGUACUCAAUGGUCUCAGUCAAAUUGGAGAGCAAAGAUCUAAUGCAGUCCAAAUCAGUAAUGGCCAUAAAACACCUGAAGUAAGACGCCAAGUAGCUGAACUAGAGGGGAUGUUGCAAAAGGAGAAACUAGAAUUUGAGGAAGCUCUUCGAAAGAUUUUGAAUCAAGAAAAGAGAAAUGGCCAACCGGGGAUUGACAUUCUGGAAAUUAAUCGAUUGUGGAGGCAGUUACUUUUUCAAUCAUAUAUGUGGGAUCACCGCCUUAUUUAUGCAGCAAACUCAGUCAAUUCCAAUAAUGUAUCCGGUUCAAGCAGUCCAAUUUCCGAAGAUAAGGAAAAAACUGUUGAUGAAAAUCAAAUGACCAUCAACUCUGUUCAUGAUGGUCCAAACCUUAACGAAAACUCUUGUCUUGGAGGAGGAAGUGCAGUAGUUGAUGGGAAAAUUUCACCAGAUCUAGAAAGCGAGAUGACCGAAAAAGAAAAUCAUGAGAAAGAUGAAAGAUCUAUUUCAAUCAGAAAAAGUAUAAAUGACCAAUCUGAUCCCUUAGAAUCUGAAUUGGGUGUUCGCAGAACUCUAUCAGAUGGGCCAAUUCCCAUCGUACCUAGUUUGUCUGAAACACUUGAUGCAAAAUGGACUGGUGAAAAUCACUCUGGAUUUGGCAUUCCAAAGGAUAACAGCUCUGUGAAUCCCGAUUUGGCAGAUACUUCGAUGAUCGGUGUACAAAAGGAAACAUAUCAUCUAGGGGAUCGUGCAGAAGAUCAAAAUGGUUCCAAGAGUUUUUAUUCUUCUUUUAAAGGUCACGAUAAUAUGGAAGACUCUUCGAGCUGGUUAGGAAUGCCCUUCUUGAACUUCUAUCGCCAAUUUAACAAAAACCUUUUUGCUAGUACGCAGAAGUUUGAUACCCUAGUUGACUACAAUCCUGUUUUCGUGUCAUCUUUCCGGAAGCAGGAACUCCAGGGUGGGGCAAGGCUUCUUCUGCCAAUUGGUGUCAAUGACACUGUAAUACCAGUAUAUGAUGACGAACCCUCAAGUAUUAUAGCUUAUGCCUUGAUGUCAUCAGAAUAUCAUCUCCAAUUGACUGAUGAAGGAGAAAGGCCAAGAGAAGGAAGUGAGUUCACUUCUUCAUAUUUGUCUGACUCAGGCACCUUCCUGUCAUUCUCUUCUGUUGAUGAAACAGCCUUUGAUUCUCAGAAAAGUUUUGGAUCGAUAGAGGAUAUGAUACUUUCCAUGUCUGGGUCUCGUAGUUCAUCAAUGUUUGAUCCAAUGUUAUAUACCAAGGCUAUGCAUGCCAGAGUUUCCUUUGGAGAAGACGGUCCCCUUGGCAAGGUAAAAUAUUCUGUGACUUGUUACUAUGCCAAGCGUUUUGAAGCCUUAAGAAGGGUGUCUUGUCCUUCUGAGCUUGACUACAUAAGGUCUCUGAGUCGCUGUAAGAAAUGGGGAGCUCAAGGUGGGAAGAGUAAUGUAUUUUUUGCAAAAACAUUGGAUGAUCGAUUUAUCAUCAAACAAGUUACGAAAACAGAGCUAGAAUCAUUCAUUAAAUUUGGUCCUGAAUACUUCAAGUAUCUUUCUGAAUCCAUAGCCACCGGAAGUCCGACAUGUCUGGCUAAAAUUCUUGGCAUAUACCAGGUUACAUCGAAGCAUGUUAAAGGAGGGAAAGAGUCAAGGAUGGAUGUUUUGGUUAUGGAGAAUCUUCUGUAUAGGAGGACUGUGACACGACUUUACGAUCUUAAAGGAUCUUCCAGGUCUCGGUAUAAUGCAGAUAGUACAGGGAAAAACAAAGUUCUACUGGACCAGAACUUAAUUGAAGCAAUGCCAACUUCUCCCAUAUUCGUGGGAAACAAAGCCAAAAGAUCUUUAGAGAGAGCUGUCUGGAAUGACACAGGUUUUCUUGCUUCUGUUGAUGUAAUGGACUAUUCUUUACUGGUUGGGGUGGAUGAAGAGAAGCAUGAGUUGGUUAUUGGGAUCAUUGAUUUCAUGAGGCAGUAUACCUGGGACAAGCAUCUUGAAACAUGGGUAAAAGCUUCAGGCAUACUUGGGGGACCAAAGAACACACCUCCAACAGUUAUAUCACCCAAGCAAUACAAGAAAAGGUUCAGGAAAGCAAUGACCACUUACUUUCUCAUGCUUCCAGAUCAAUGGUCUCCUCCUUCUAUUGUUGCUAGUAAUUCUCAGUCUGAUUUAGGUGAAGACAACCCACAAUCUAGGACCUCAGCUGAAUGAUUCUUUGGUUUUCUGUGUGUAAAUUUUUGCUUUCAAUUUGGGGAAUUAACUCCCCCAUAAUUUUAUAUUAAAAUUUUUGUUUACCCCUCUUAUAUCAUAUAGGAAUUCUUUUGGUUCAUUUGUAAUUUUGUCAACUAGAUAUUGUCAAUUAUUUGUUAGAAGAUAUACCAACAGAGGGGCUGUUAGUAGCCAAGGAUGUUUGUCUGGGGAAAUAGUAUUUGAUGACCUCCGGAUGAAAUCUUUGUACAAAAACCUAUAGUAACGUUCUAGCAACUCAUUCUAUACAUGUAUAUUUCUCAGACCUGCUC